AUGGCAUUUCUCCAUUUCUUUCUCCUUAUUCUUCUUCUUCAAAUAUUCAAUCUUUCAAUAAUAACUCAUUCAAAUCCUCAAAUCCCCAGAUUCUCAAUCUUACCCAUUUCAAAAUCUUUAUCAGUUGAGAAACAAGAAGAUUACUUACUAUCACCAAACGGUACUUUUUCAAGUGGAUUCUACAAAGUUGGAAUAAAUGCAUAUUCUUAUGCAAUCUGGUUUACCCAUUCCGCGGACAAAACAGUUGUUUGGAUGGCAAACAGAGAUAAACCUGUCAGCAGCAAAAGAUCCAAACUUUCCUUACAUAGAAAUGGUAACCUCGUACUAACCGAUGCAGACGGUUCCCCUGUUUGGUCUACCGAUACCUUUUCCAAAUCAAAUGCACAACUCCAUCUUCUAGAAACCGGAAAUCUUGUUCUGGCUACCGGUGAUGAUGGGGUUCUUCUUUGGGACAGUUUUCUUUACCCGACCGACACUCUGCUCCCAAAUCAACCAUUACGUAGGAACACAACUUUGGUUUCUAUGAGAAACCCAGGUACAUAUUUAUCUGGUUUUUAUAAAUUCAAAUUUGAUGAUAACAAUGUUAUGAAUUUAAUCUAUGAUGGUCCUUUAUAUUCAAGUGUUUAUUGGCCAAGUCUUGAUAUUACCAUAUUUGAUAGUAAGAGGACUCCUUAUAACAGUACUAGAAUAGCAGCUUUUAAUAGAAGGGGAAGGUUUAGAUCGAGUGAUAAUGUUAAAUUCAAUUCAACUGAUUUUGGAUUCGGACCGGAAAGACGGUUGACUUUGGAUUAUGAUGGUUUGUUGAGACUUUAUAGUUUGAAUCCUUUAAAUGGUCUUUGGGAAAUCUCGUGGUUGCCGGGUGGUUUGGAUUCCUGUCGCGUUCAUGGUUUGUGUGGACCUAAUGGUAUUUGUAAUUAUACACCUAAUGUUACUUGUUUUUGUCCGGUUGGUUUUUAUCAAACGGAUCCUUUGGAUUGGUUUAUGGGUUGCACGUUUAUGUUUAAUUUAACAUGUGCGGCUAAUAUCUCGACGGAUUUGUUGGGUUUUGUGAUGAUUCCGAAUUCGGAAUAUUAUGGGAAUGAUUUGAAUACUUAUGGAUUGGGAAUGAGUUUCGAGACGUGUAGAAAUGCUUGUUUGAUUGAUUGUAAGUGUGUUGGUUUUGCUUAUUCGCAUGAUGGGAAAGGUGAGUGUUUUCCAAAAAGAAGUCUUUUAAAUGGGUAUCAUAUGCCGGAAGCUUCUAGAAACUUCCACAUCAAAAUUCCGAUUGAUAACACGUCGGUUGUGGCGACGACGACGAUGAAGACGCGUUUGAAUUGUACUGCAACGUCGGUUCUUGAGCUGCCGGGGAAUGUUCCUUACGACGAGGGUACUAAAAGAAACCCUUAUAUGAGAUAUUUGGUGGCGUUUGUUUGUUCGUUUGCUGUUAUCGAAGCAAUUUGUAUUGUUUUAGGGUGGUGGUUGAUUUUUCCGAGGCAUGUGCAUGAAGAGUUAGUGAAUAUGGGUUAUAUUGCACUUGUUAUGGGGUUUAAGCGGUUCGGUUUAGCUGAGUUGAAACGUGCGACACAGAAUUUUAAACAAGAGAUUGGAAAGGGUGGAUUUGGAACCGUUUAUAAAGGGGUUCUUGAUAAUGGGAGAGUUGUCGCGGUUAAGAGACUUGAAGGUGUUGUACAAGGAGAAGCCGAAUUUUGGGCCGAGGUAAGUAUUAUAGGAAAACUUAACCAUCGGAAUUUAGUCAAGUUAUGGGGGUUUUGUGUCGAUGAUGAUCAAAAACUUCUUGUAUACGAGUACAUGGAAAAUGGUUCUUUGGAUAGGUUCCUAUUUUCGAAUCUUUCAACGAGUUUAGGUUUCGAUAAGAGAUAUAACAUCGCGUUAGGGACCGCCAAGGCUUUGUCAUACAUACACGAGGAAUGUUUGGAGUGGGUAUUGCAUUGUGAUGUAAAACCGCAAAACAUAUUGCUAGACGAUCAACUUGAGGCAAAGGUGGCGGAUUUUGGUAUGUCUAAGUUGUUGAAAGACAAUAACAAUUAUGACUUGAGUUUCUCGAGGGUUAGGGGGACUCGAGGUUACUUAGCACCGGAAUGGAUGAUGAAUCAAAUGAUAAAUGCGAAAGCGGAUGUUUAUAGUUAUGGGAUUGUGUUGUUGGAACUUAUAAGUGGGAAGAGGGCUUGUAGUAAUGUCGAGAGGGAUUAUUAUCUUUUGGUGGAUUGGAUGAAGAAGAAAAUGAAGGAAGGUGCUGGCAUGAAGGACAAGAUGAUUAUGGAAGUAAUGGACCCUAGAAUACAAAGUGGUGAAUACGAUGAAGAGAAGGCGAGAAGGUUGUUGAGAGUCGCUUUAAUGUGUGUUAAUGAUGAACGCGAUAAACGACCUGCCAUGAGUGAAGUUGUCGAGCUUCUAACUAGAUAUGGUGAAUCGAAAGAAGGGGAUGAAGAAGACGAGGACAUUAUUGGUGAAUGA